AUCCACAACGCAAGGAAGCGUGAACCCAGGACCUUGAAGCUUGGAAUUACAGGGACCAUCUGUUGAGAGAUGUGGUGGCUUAAUGUUGAUUUCCACUCUUGAUGCGCUGGACGUGGAAGGAAAGCCCAAGUAACAGUGGUACAGGCAGCAGGGUCAGUCAGGAUUGGCAGAAGGUUUAGCUCUUGUGUCUGACAGAGGGAGCAGGACCAAGGGUAGGAGCUCCAGUCCAGGCUGCAGGCAGGCAUGUGACACAUUUGUCAAGCAGAUUGAGUGGGUUAUUCCUCAGAUCACAAUCCAGCCCAGUAGUUUUCUGCUGUCUUUCCUUGGCAGGGAGUGGCGCCAUAAUCCAGGUCAUAGCUGGCAGCUGGCUGUGUUUAAUAGCUCUACCUUUCUCAAGCACCCACCCCUCUUCUUUUACUAUCCUGUUGUUUUCCUUUCUCAUCUUUAGUGCUGUAUUCUAUCUGGGACAGAUCCAGGUUUGUGGAUAUAAAUACCCUCACUGCAGCUACAUCUCUGUAAAUUGGGAUUAACCAGACUCCCAGACACACGUACGCACUUGUAAACUCCUCUCUCUCUCUCUCCGUGGACUGAGCCCCUUCCCCUUCAUUUCUACAUGUAUGUUUCUGUAAAAGCGGCACAGAUCUUUUGCCUGGGAUCCCUGGACUAAGUGAAGGCUGACUGAGCCAAAAGCUUUUCCGCUCGUUUGUGUGGGAGCUCAGCCUCGGAAGACAAAGCAGCCACUGGGAGCUGUGGACAUGUUUAAGGAUUACAAACAUCGUGAGUCUUAGCUGGUUUAGCAAAGGCCUGCAAAAAUCUUUUUUUGCUUACAAAACUUGUACCUGUAAUCGGACAAUUCCAUCUAAUUUGGAGCCUUUUUUUUCAGUUUCUUUUUGGAGACAGUGCGCAUUUUCUGUGACAGUGAAUGAACCUGUCAAUAUUCUUGACUGAGUAGACUGUAAUUAUCAAGGCUCUGUAUCUUUGUGAAACUUCUUGUCUCAGCCAUCAAGGACAAAGCCAUCUCCCUGGCAACGCCAGCCUGCCUUUUUCUGGCUGCUCAGUUCAGACUCUCGCAGAAUGAAGCUGAGGAAGCAGGUGACUGUUUGUGGUGGAGCUGUCUUCUGUGUGGCAGUGUUCUCCCUCUAUCUGAUGCUGGAUCGAGUCCAGUAUGACCCGACCCACAGGCAGAACGCUGGCAAUUUCCCCAGGAGCCAGAUCUCGGUGUUGCAGAACCGCAUUGAGCAGCUGGAGCAGCUCCUGGAAGAGAACCACCAGAUCAUCAGCCACAUCAAAGACUCUGUGCUGGAGCUGACUGAGAAUGGAGGAGGGGUCCCUGGCGCCCAGCUGCCCUUCCGCAACCCCAACGGCUCCUGGAGCUUCCCCUUCGAUGGGCAGCCAACUUUUCUCUCCAUCUCUCCCCAGGACUGCCAGUUUGCCCUCGGGAGCCGCCGGCAGAAAACCGACAUGCAGAUGCUGGAUGUGCAUUCUGUGCUGAACUUCGACAAUGUGGACGGCGGUGUUUGGAAGCAGGGUUUUGAAAUCUUGUAUGACUCAAACGAGUGGGAUGCUGAGCCGCUGCAGGUGUUUGUGGUGCCGCACUCUCACAAUGACCCAGGGUGGAUCAAGACGUUUGAGAAGUAUUACUCGGACCAGACUCAACACAUCUUCAACAGCAUGCUGGUGAAGCUCAAGGAGGACCCGCGUCGCAAGUUCAUCUGGUCUGAGAUUUCCUUCUUUGCCAAGUGGUGGGAAAGUGUGGAUUCACAGAAACGGGAGGCCAUGAGGAAGCUGAUUCUGAGUGGUCAGCUAGAGAUAGUGACAGGUGGUUGGGUGAUGGCCGAUGAAGCCAAUGUCCACUAUUUCGCCAUGCUUGACCAGCUCAUUGAGGGGCACCAGUGGCUGGAAAAGAAUAUCGGAGUGACCCCACGGUCAGGCUGGGCUGUCGACCCAUUUGGACACAGCCCCACCAUGGCCUACCUGCUGAAGAAGGCCAACCUGACCAGCAUGCUGAUCCAGAGGGUGCACUAUUCCAUCAAGAAGCACUUCUCAGCCACACGCAGCCUGGAGUUCAUGUGGAGGCAGGCCUGGGACACAGGCUCCAGUACGGACAUGUUCUGCCACAUGAUGCCGUUCUACAGCUACGACGUGCCCCACACCUGCGGCCCCGACCCCAAGGUCUGCUGCCAGUUUGAUUUCAAGAGGUUGCCAGGCGGGAGAGUGAACUGUCCCUGGAAGGUUCCUCCACACGCCAUCACUGAGAGCAACGUAGCCGAGAGAGCAAACCUGCUCCUGGAUCAGUAUCGGAAGAAAUCCAAGCUGUUCCGCAGCAAGGUGGUGCUGGUUCCACUGGGAGAUGAUUUCCGAUAUGAUAAAUCACAGGAGUGGGACCAACAGUACUUGAACUAUCAGAGACUCUUUGAUUACAUGAACUCCCACCCAGAGAUGCACGUGCAGGCCCAGUUCGGAACUCUCUCGGACUAUUUUGAUGCGGUCUACAAGCAGAAUGGUGUGGCCCAGGGUUCAAGGCCUCCUGCCUACCCCGUGCUGAGCGGGGACUUCUUUGUGUACGCGGAUCGAGAGGAUCACUACUGGAGCGGCUACUUCACCUCCCGGCCCUUCUACAAGAACCUGGACCGCGUGCUGGAGUCCCACCUCAGGGGGGCUGAGAUCCUGUACAGCCUUGCUGUGGCUCAGUCUCGACAGAUAGGCAUGGGGGGCCGCUACCCAGUGACUGAUUACUCUCUGCUCACUGAUGCCCGGCGCAAUGUGGGGCUCUUCCAGCACCACGACGCCAUCACUGGCACUGCCAAGGAGGCCGUUGUCAUCGACUAUGGAUUCAGGUUGCUGCGCUCCCUUGUAGCUCUGAAGAUCGUGAUCAUGAACGCUGCUCACUUCCUUAUCCUGAGAAACAAGGACACGUAUCGAUACUACCACACAGAGCCUUUCCUUGAACCUGAUGAAAGGCGCGGUUCACAAGAUUCACUGCCUGAGAGAGUGCUGAUUGAACUGGACUCCACCCCCAGGUACUUGGUUGUAUUCAACCCGGUUGAGCAGGAGCGGGUUUGCCUAGUCACGGUUCUGGUGAGCUCGGCGCGGGUUCGGGUCCUGACAGAGGAUGGGCAGACGAUUCCAGUCCAGUUGAGUGCACAGUGGAGCUCUUCUGCCGAGAUGAGCAAAGAGGGGUAUCUGGCCUCUUUCCCAGCCCGACUCCCUGCUCUGGGCCUGGCUGUGUUCCAGCUCUACGACUCAUUCGACUCCUCGCUGACUCUGUUUUCGGACUCGCUUCUGCGUCUGCAUGGUCAGAACCUGGCCCAGAGGCGGCUUGACCCGCUUCCACUGAGACUCCAUGACUCGGACCAGCAGGACUUCUUCAUACAGAGCCAGAACCUGCAGCUGUGGUUCUCUGGAACCACCGGCAUGCUCGAGAGUAUAAAGCGUAAGGAGGACCAACAGGAGCUAAAGCUAAGGAUCGAGUUCCUAAUCUACGGGACCCGGACCACCAAAGACAAGAGUGGCGCCUACCUCUUCCUACCUGAUGGACAAGCCAAGCCAUACGCCCCAAAGGAGCCCCCAGUGGUGCGGGUAGUGGAGGGGCCUCUCUUCUCUGAGGUUGUGUGUUACUAUCAGCAUUUCCAGCAGACUGUUCGCAUCCACAACCUUCCAGGAGUGGAUGGCCUCUCUCUGGAUGUCACUACGAUGGUUGAUAUCCGGGAUCAGACUAACAAGGAGCUGGCUAUGCGCCUCGUCACAGACAUACAGAGCGAGGGCGUUCUCUUCACAGAUCUCAACGGAUUCCAGAUUCAACCCAGAAGAUACUUCCAUAAACUUCCUCUUCAGGCCAACUUCUACCCAAUGCCAGCCAUGGCUUACAUCCAGGAUGUCCAGCACCGGCUCACCUUGCACACUGCCCAGGCUCUGGGAGUGGCCAGCCUGAAGAGCGGCGAGCUGGAGGUGAUCCUGGACCGACGGCUCAUGCAGGAUGAUAACCGUGGGCUGGGCCAGGGCCUCAAGGACAACAAGAGAACCGCCAACCACUUCAGGAUUCUGCUGGAGAAAAGGGCUACCACCAGCAAGGUGCACGACAGCCAGCCAAUCAGCUUCCCAUCGCUGCUCAGUCACAUGACCUCCAUGUUCCUGAACCACAAAGUUCUGGCCCUGCCGGUGUUGCCGAAGAAGCGCGGUGUGCCACCCCUGCAGACCUUCAACCCCCUCUCGGGCACCAUGCCAUGCGACAUCCACCUGCUCAACCUGCGCAGCAUUCAGAAAAAGGAUGAACUGACCCCCUCUCUCGAUGCUGCUCUUAUUCUUCAUCGGAAGGGUUUUGACUGCGGCCUGGAGGCCAGGAACCUGAGCUUCAACUGCAGCACCACACAAGGCAAGCUUUCCUUGGAAGGGAUGUUCCGUGGUCUCAGUGUUCAAACAGUCCAGCCCAUGUCUCUGUCGCUGAUGUACGCGGGGACUCCUCUCUCCAACAUCUCUCAGAUCCAGCUGGACCCCAUGGAGAUCUCCUCCUUCCGGUUGCGGCUUGUCUAGAGCUGCCCGGCACCCCUCAUCCGGGCCGGAUUUAGACCAAACUACCUUCAGCCUUUCCGGAUGGAUUGCUGUGGAAACCACAGGACUGAAAAUGCAUUUUUAAAAACCCUGAACCUCUCUAGUGGAACCUGAUUUUAAUUUUCAGGCUGAGCCUGAACAGAACUCCUGACUUAGAACUCUCACUCGAUAAGCACGAGUCUGCCCUUCAUGUGCCGUGCCUCCCUGUCCCUGUGGGUGCGUGCUUCAGAGAGGACAAGCUGUAAAGGGCGCAGUGAUUCUCUGUGUAGGACAGACACAUGGCUGAUGAGGUACUGAGGAGCCUUGUUUGAACACCAGAUCGGUCCCUUCAGCAGCUCUAUCCAGACACGGUUAUUGUUUUUUUUUUUUUAAAGAAGGGUUACUUAAAAAUUGAUAUCGAAACACUGUCUUCAGCCAAGGAAUUGAUGGUGCUGUUCUCUAACGCCUGUCUGACUAGGAGCUUGGACAGGGAGAAGUGUACUGAAUCCUAGUGUAUUCCCUCCUGUGUCAUCCUCUCCUUUCAGCUCCAGUCUUGUGGGCUGAAGUUCAGCUGUGGGAUUUGUUUAAUGCACAACCCCUUUUAACACCUACACUGGAGUUUGCGUGAAUGUGUUUUAUGCUUAAGAUUGAGACUGGCAUGGUUCUGUACUGUCCUGUGAUAUAGCACUGUCGCUGAUUGUAUGUGGUUAUUACUCUAUCCUCCAUCCUUUUUUCAGAGCCUCCUGUGCUCUCUCAUAUCCCCACCACCCUGGAUACAAAAAAACAACUGUAUAUCCAAUAAACACUGGAAAUGGUUAUUCAAUUCA